AUGAGUCUUGAUACGCUUUCUUAUGCUGCUCCCUCCAGGAUUAAGGCUUUGGCUCUACCCCUGGGCAGGAUCAAGCGAUCCCGAUUUUCCUCGUUUGUUACCAGGUUACAAAGUUCAAAUGUUGUCCGGUUGGGAGAUGUAACUCCGGAUUCAACGCCUAAUCGUACGUUGUUUAGUCCUCAGGGAUUUCCGAAUGGGCAAUUGAUUUACGACUUGACGCUUUCUUUCGAUAAGGAGCAUGAGUACUUGGAGUCUUUUGAGCCUUAUCGGAGGACAUACCUUAUCAUCGCGGUAGCUGAUCACACGGAGGGCAGUGAUCCAGAAAUCCUUUCGCAACAGCUGGAGGAAUUAAAGUUUCUGUAUCCGCGAGCUUUGUACCACACAUGCUUGAUCUUCGAUUCACCGCCUACCCUACCCAAUCCGAGCGAGUCCUCGAGAUCAAAAAAUGCCAGUGAGGAACGACUGGUGUUCAUACCUGUACCGGUGAAGCGGGAGUCUAGAUCUCCGUCCAUGCGAACCAUAAUGUGCGACAUCACCUCUAUACUACUUUCCGAGUUGAGCGGACUUGCAAGGACGAUCCAGGCAUUCCCGACCAUCGAUUCCCCACUGUCUUCGGAGAACCAGGUGGCUAGUUCUUCGAGCUCGCAAGACCACAGAAUGAGUGUGCCGGUUGGAUUAGGUGCCAAUUUAACGGUUGCUGGAAAUACUGGAGCGGCGAGCAAGAGGAUGACCAUGACAGGGUUCGGGAGUGCCAGUGUGAGUGAGAGGACAAGGAAUAAAGGGAAAUGCAGGGUGAAUAUAGUUAUUGCUUCGUUAUACCUACUGGCCGGGAGAAUACCAGAUGCUUUGAAGGAAUUUGUGGAAGGUGGUAAUGUUGCGAAGAAUAAUAAUGACCACCUGUGGCAUGGGAAAGCACUGGAGGGGAUUGGUAUAUGUUUGGCUAUUCUUGUUCACCUGAAAGUGGAUUUUCAGAUGCCGUUGAUACCGUAUCCUACAGCUGAGGUCACCAAAGCCACAAAACCUUCACCAUCAAACUCAAAGCCUGUAACGCCGUCCCCCGAUCCGGGUGGGGUCCCUGAUGCAGCGCUUUCGACAUCUCCGGCAAAGGUUAAUGAGCUUUUGGGAGAGUUGUUGGAGAUCAUUCUUAAUCUUUACACUCGUUCUGCGAAUUUUGCAGGAGAGAGUAUUCCACAAAUAUGUUUCUCAGAGACUGUCAUCAGAUUCAGUAAACUCCGGGCCACGACUUAUGUUACGGGUGGCCUGAAUGAUGAAUCUUUGGAUCAUGUCGUAUUCGGGAAACCAUUACCUUCGGGAAAGCACCUGAAAAUCAUACCAUACAAGGCCGAGAUUUCUAUGCUGGUAAUGAGGGGGUACCCGUUCCCGCUGGAGUCAUUGAUGGUUCUUGAUGCUACGCGGGUGUUAAGUGGGAUAGCUAGUGUUUUAGGCAUGAUUGGAUCGAGGCGGCGAAAGGCUUUGGUGACAAGAGAGCUUAUCAAGAUAUUGAUACCUGGCUUGAUUCAGGCAAGAGUUGUAGGUGCAGCCGAGGUUGGUGUUCAUCCAGCUGCUGGAUUAAGUGCUGUUAGUGGUGGUGCUCUAGGGGGGUCUCCACUGGAUCUAGGAGAGGGCGAUGCAGAGUGUGGCGUUAUGGAGCUACUCGAGGAUCUUUGCAGAGCUUAUGGUGUGCUUCCUGGCAAAAAGGAUGAUGACAGAUCGCCUAGUAUCGCAGAGAAGAAGGAAAGCGGUAAUGAAGAAAUAGUAUCAUCAUUAGCCACUGCGGAGGUGAUAGCUGAACAGGAGAUACGGGCUUUCGGUUGGCCUGCCCUGAAGAUCCAUGUCUUGAGGAACUGUACAGCUCUUUGUGAAGCAUUGCCAGAUUUCCAUGGCGUAUUGCGAUUUACUACUCAGCUGCUAAGAACGGCUGAUGCAGAUCUCACAAAGGAGGAGCAAAUGAGACUGUCCACGACAAUUUCGCGGACGGUAGGUGCUGCACGAAAGUUGGGUCUGCCAAAUGUGGAGGCGGAUUACUGGGAUCAAUUUUUGUUGAGGGAUGUGGAAGUGGUGGAGAAUUCCAUGUGGAGGCCGCCGAUAUCACACGCCAAGAAUGAGCUGAUGGAUGCGGAUUCAGAUACGCCCCCAUCGGCACCAAUCGAGGUUGAUAAGAACCCGUUCAUCUACAACCCGUUUCUAAAGAAAGCAGAGGCGGCUGUCGCCGAGCCAGUGUUGGUUAAGGGCGAGGCGGCGGAGUUUCGUGUGACCCUGCAGAACCCCUUUGAGUUCGAUAUCGAGGUUGAGAGCGUCACGCUGGAUGUUACAGGAGUUGGGCUGGAGGUACAAAAAGUUGGUGUUGUUAUCAACCCGUACAGAACGUACCAAGUUGCGGUGUAUGCCACGCCCCAGGAGAGUGGAAGUAUCAAGGUUACUGGAUGCAAGAUUAAGGUGUUUGGGUGCAGGGAGAGGGCAUUCCCGAUAUUUACCGAGGGGCUAGAUAAUCGGGAACGAGAUACGAAGAGGAAGCGAUAUGGACUUAAAGCUGCGGAUCCUAAGACUGAGAGACCAGUAUCCACUGUCUCUGGGCGAUUAUCCAAACCACCACCGCAAUUGCAUCCUAUUCCAAAGAAUCUGGAUCUGACUGUGGUUGAAUCACAACCUCUGCUUGUGGUGAAGUCGACAAGUCUUUCCCAAAGCGCUCUUAUGGUGCUCGAGGGCGAACGUAGGACUUUUAAUAUUACUUUCAAGAACCUAAGUGGUACAGAUGUGGACCUUUUGGUAUUUAGCUUUAGAGAUUCCACUACAGGGAGGAUUCAGCAAGCUCUUGCUGAUAAAGGAAAUAACCCGGCGGAGAUGUAUGAGCUAGAACUGAUGUUGGCAAAAAAGAGAGCCUUUGUUUGGCAACGGGGGGAUAGGGCAAUACAGGGUGCCAACGGGACCUCAAAUAAUGGUGAUGGGGAAGAAUCUGAGGACAAAGCCGGCGAGAGGGCUGUCUUCGUCCCAGCACAUGGGGUGGCAACUUUUGAAGUUGAGGUACUAGGAAAGCCUGGAUUGACACACGGAAGUGUCCAAGCAGACUACGGGCAUCUGGGGAUGCCACGGAACGAGGUAGCCGAGAGAUUCUACACACGGCAGGUCGUCUUCCCGGUCACUGUAACGGUGAACGCAAGUAUCGAGUUGGCCCGCGUGGACUUUGUCCCUUUCAGUACAGAUCUCCAAUUUGACUCUUUCAACAACACGCAAACAAACGGAGUGGAAGGACUGAAAGACGAGCAAGAGGGCGUCAGCCAAAAGGGUCAAUUCAAAGAGCUCUUCCGGAGAAUAGGCUUAAAGGACGACCCAGCGCAAUACUGCCUAAUGCUCCUCGACCUCCGGAAUGCCUGGCCUCAAGCCCUCAAGGUAAGGAUGAACGUCCGAGACCCCUCCUCUAAAAACCCUAAAGACCUAGAACCCAGCUGGGGAGACUCCUUCUAUGCCGAGGACGUUCUCCAAGCCGGCCACACCUCCCGCGUUAUCUUGCCAAUAAAGCGCGUAUUUCUACAAAAUCCCUCGCACCCAAUUCCCUCCCUGUCUGCGAACCAACGUCAAUUCGUCGUCUCGACGGCGAAAGUAUCAGCAGAGCAGGAGCGCCAAUCCCGCGAAUCAUUCUGGUAUCGCGAGGAAGUCCUUGACUGCGUUCGUGGCCGCUGGGAGGAGAUAGCUACGGGCCGGUCGGGGGACAUAGAACUUCGUGGGAUCCGCCUGAGCCCUAGAAUGGUCGAGACUAUUCGCAUAGAAGACAUUGGCAUCGACGUCUCAGUUAAGCAGGUGGAGGAGCAGGUCCGCAAGAUCGGUCCGGCAAAGUACCUUGUUGUCACGGAUAAUUUCUUAACGCUUGUCACUACGCUGACGAAUCGGACGGCGAGGACGGUGACACCACUGCUUAGGCUUUUACCGGCGCUCAGGAACCAGGGGGCUAACGGCGGGGUCGCGAUGGAUUUGACGAGAAGGCUUGCCUUUAAUGGGUUAUUGCAACAGAGUUUGCGACCGUUGGAGGCUGGGGAGGUUAGGAUUGUGGAGAUUGGGUUUGUGGUGUUGUGUAAGGGUGAGUUUGAAGUCAGCGCUAGUGUUGAGGAAGUUGGGAGGGGUGGUGGUGGUGGGAGGGAUGGGUGUGAGGGGGCUUUGGGACCGGAUGGGAUUCCUAUUGAUGUGGUUGCAAAGAUGAUUGGGAGGAAGACGUGGGUUUCUAGGGAAAUGUGUGUUGUUGUUGCUAGGGAUUUGGAGUAGUUGUCUCCGUGUAAUAUAGUUUGUGAGGUUGUUUAUGAAAUUUCAGUGCUUCCAGUCGUCCAGUCCGUCCUGGACCGGGUCGGGACGACGGCAGUCGGACGCUACUAGUCCUGGGUUUCCUUUUAUGGAUACCAUAUUGCCCCAUUAAAAAUUUAAAUUUUUAUUUAUUUGUUUUA